UGGUGUCACCUGUAUAGAUCUUACGACCUCCGCCAGCUCCUGGACCCCCGAAGUGUCACCUCCGACCCCCUGGACUACCGCCUCAGCUGGCACCUGUGGAUGGUGUUGCAGGCCUUGAAUUACACCCACCUGUCGGCGCAGAGCCAGGGGGUGCUACACGCCAGUUACGCAGCACAGCUGGAGAAUGUGGGCCUGUGGGAGUGGGCCGUCUUCGUCAUGCUUCACAUCCAUGACCCCGUCGCUCGGGAGUCCGCUGUGCGAGAGCUCCUGAACCGUCACUGCGUCCUCGGGGAGACUCCGGAGUCCCUGAUGAAGGAGAAGUUCCUGAUUGAGAAGCUUCAUAUCCCGGCACGAUGGAUCCAUGAGGCCAAAGCCAUCCGAUCCCGGCGAGAGGGAGACGGACACAAGGAGGCCAUCUAUCUCCUCCGAGCCAAUCACUGGAACCAGUGUCACCGACUGGUCUCCCGUCACCUGGCCUCAGACGCCAUCAUCAACGAGAACUACUCCUACCUGCGCAGCUUCCUGGAUGAGUUGUCCCGUCCUGAGAACUGCGUCCACAUCCAGGGCUGGGACACGGCGGGACAGGUCUGCCUGGACUACAUCACCAUCAUAGAGAUGCUGAACAGUAUCCGCCAGGUGAGCUUCAGUACCAGGUUCUGGUGGGUAGGUGGGGCCUCCAUUGGGCGUCGCUCCUGGACUAUCCUUCUGGUGGUCGAGAUGGCAAAGCGUGUCGCCAACAUCCUGCGUGUUGUCCUGCGUUUACAACAUUCACCGGAAUCGGACGACGACUCGGACCUCCAGCGCGUCCCCCUCAGAUUGCUGGCCCCCCACAUUGGCCGCCUCCCAAUGCCAGAGGACUAUGCUAUGGAAGAACUCCGCAGCCUCACACAGUCUUACCUGAGAGAACUCACUCUGCGCAGCCAGUAA